AAAAAGAAAAAGAAAAGAAAAGAAAAUUUGCACCAGUAAACAAGAAUUGGAGACAAAUGGAGAUGUUUUGGAAGCAUUAGCAAAGCAAAAGUGUCCCACUCAAGAAGUCUACUGUAAAAAAAAAAAAAAAAUCUUCAAUAUUCCACACUUUUCAAUGUUUAAAAAGGCUAUAAUGUUCACAAAGGCUGCAUUUAUUUGAUUAAAAACAGAUAUAAAAUGUUCUGAAUUGUAUUUUAAAUUAAAAUAAAAUGUAUCCGUGUAAUGCCAAAUGUUUAUAUCACGAUUCUGCCUUUCUCACAAUUCUGACAUUAUUUCUAAGAAUAUCUCAUUUAUAUCUCACAAUUCAGAAUUGUGAACUGCAAAGUUGCAUUAUUUCAUUUGCUCUCCAGUGGAUCCUCUGUAGUGAAUGGGUGCCAUCAGAAAGAGAAUCCAAACAGGUGAUAAAGUCAGUAUUGUGAGAUAUAAAUUCGCAAUUCUUAGAAAUUAAGUCAGAAUUGUAAGAUAUAAAAUUGAAACCAAAGUAAAACCAAAAAAAGGAAUUGCGAGAUUUAAAAAAAUAAAUACAAAUAAAAUAAAUAAAUCGCAAUUACCUUGUUUUAUGUUUUUACACAGUGCAGAAAUGGUCUUUCAUAGAAACUAACUGCAACUGUGAAGUAAUUAGUAAGUUUUGAUAUUUAUAUUUGACUACAAAGUAUUGCAAAUAUGGCUCGUGCAAUACCACCAAAAAACCUGCAAUCUAAAAUCAGUUUAAUGCCUGUAAGAAACGACACGUGUAACAGGUUAUAACUGUUAUAACUAGAAGGAAGGUUUAAGCUCUGGGUAAAGGCACCGAAGCCUUAAUUAAUGAUUAGGGCUUAAACCGCAUUAGGGUCAUGCUUUCUUGCCAAUUAUACUAAAAAAACACUCGAGCAUGAAAUGGCUCAUAAAGUCGGCAGCAGCCGCAACAGAGAGGAUAUUGAAUCUCAAGCGUCGUGUUUGCAGAGCAGUGCAGCUCCAGCCUCCCAGUGCGCCCUAUGUCCACAGAAACGUACUCUUUAAAUGUUAGAUGCUUUAUUUACCUCGCUACAUAUGAUUGUAGCUGUUCACAUAGUUUUGCCUCUCAAGGCAGCAUGUUUGCCAUUUUGGAACCGGCUGAGGCAGGUGCUGAUAGUAGAGGUGGAGGGGGGUUUGACUAACGCUCCCCAAAGAGAUCAGUGCUUGGUGAACUGCAGUUGAUCCUCUACUCCUGAAGAUCAGCAUGAGGUACACUCCUCCCAUAAAGCAACACCUUCCCAGGUGGUUUGGCACAGAUAACGUGACCUCCUCUUACCACAUCUUCCAGUGUGAUCUCUGUCGUUGAAUGAGCAUUUGUGUUCUUCUUCGUAAAUGUCUGCAUUUGAACGCACAUGUAAACAUGCAGUGGACGGCGGUGGUUUAUGCAGCAUUGAUGAUCGGUUCCAGUAUCUGCUCCGUGUUGGGGAACUUGGUAUUAUUGUUGGUGGUGUUACUCAAUCGGAGUUUGCAAACGGACACCUGGGGUCUCACUUUGAGCUUCUGCCUAUGUGAUCUGGCGUUGGGCAUCUCCACUAUUCCUUUUGGUGUCCAUAACAGCCUUUUUCAAGUCAAGAGCUACCCUAGUAAGAGUGCCACCUGCAAGGGAAGCGCCUUUCUGUUUUUGUUGCUCCAGCUCGCCUCAAUCCAUUCUCUCACCUGGGCGACAGUCGACAAGUUCACGGAGAUCUGCUUCGCCCUCAGCUAUCCUGUGAUCUUCACAGCAUAUAGGGCCAAAAUCAUCCUCGCAAUAGUAUGGGUCUACAGCAUCCUCACCGCAGCUCUGCCACUCUUUGGUUUUGGUAGUUACGUCUACAGCGAGACAAAGUUCCUCUGUGUUCCCAACUUCAAGCCGUCCAGCAUCGCCUUCAACAUGCUCUUCAUGGUGGUGGGAAUCAUCAUUCCCGUUGUACUGAUGUGCUCCAUGUAUGGAUAUAUAGUGCAUAUAGCCAGGAACCAGGUGCGACGAGGGACGUUUGUUUGCAACGAAGACCAUUGUUUCUACGUGCCAGCCAGUAGUUACUUCAAAAGCUCCAUAGUAAUGGUGACCACCACAGUGUGCCUGCUUGUUUGCUGGCUGCCAUACAUCGUUAUCUGCUUCUAUGAGACACUGACGGGAAAAGAGAGCCCGCAGCCUGCCUCGGCUGUUGCCACAUGGCUCGUACUCUUCACUUCAGCUCUUAACCCAUGGAUCAACUCCAUGACUCAAACGAGGUACAGAGCAGCACUGCGCAAAACCCUGAAUAAAAUCCAGCAGAUGUUUGAGUAUCCUCGUAAAAACUCCCAGUGCACGACCAUACAGCCACGCCGCGAGAGCAACAGCUUCUCCUCGCCAGCUCCCAGUGUACCUCCGGCACUACAAACAAACAACCAACCUCAGCAAGAACUCACGCUGGUUUGAGCGCGACCCUCACUGACCUUUGGUGGUUUCAAUAGCAUAGAAAUAAUCAUGACUUAAGGAAGCGUCUGCAGCAUCGCUUCACCCCAGAACAAGAGGACACUGGGUUGGCGGAGCUAACCAGAAGCAAUUUCGCUGCUUAUGAUGUAAACAGAUUUCAUGCAGAAAGAAAAAAACCUUGUGAUAUUUUACAGUAAACGCAUCUUGAAGACAGAAGAGAAAAAAGGACUUUUGCUUCAGAAGUUGUAUUGUUUUCUUUUGUGACUUGAACACAAACAAUGAUUCAUUUUUUUUUUCUAAAUGAAUGCUUUCUCUAAAAUGUUCAGCAUCUGAAACUGCCAAUCACAGUUCAAUUGCUUUCAGGAACUGCAUCCAUGAUGGCGCAAUCUGAACUGACGCAUUUCACAAGCUACAUAAAACAAAUAAAUUAAAGCUCACACCAAACUCUAAAAUGAUUAUUCACUGUACAGUAACUGUGUAAGCCCUCAAACACUAUACGAAUAUUUCACCAAAAUAAAAAUAAAAAAAAUUGCAAAAAAAUGUAAACAAUCAACUCAUUCAAAAUGAAGAUGAAUUGUUUCAUAUUUUCAUAUUUGGAGAAAUUCCACUUUCUCACCAAUGGAUCCUAUGCAGUGAAUGGGUGCCACCAAAAUCAGAGUUCAAAUAGCUGAUAAAAACACAAACACUAGUAAAAAUGUUUUGUCAAGAUUUUUUUUUUCUUGGAGAAAGCGUUAUUAUGGAUUAUGGAAUUACAUUUUAGCAAGAAUCAAAAUUUGGAACGUUUUAAAGAUGCAUUUAAUUCUUACAAACAUGCAGCUUUUCACUUCACUAGAUGUUAUUUGAUGUACUGGAGUGGGGAUGUUUAUAUCACCCGUUUAGAUUCUCUUUCUGACGGCACCCAUUCACUACAGAGGAUCCACUGGAGAGCAAAUGAAGUAAUGCUAAAUUUCUCUAAAUCUGAUGAACAAACAAGCUGAUCUACAAGUAAAAUGUUUCUUUUUUUGGUGAACUAUUCCUUUAAAACCAUACAUACUCAGAACAACAAAAUAAAAAUAAAAUGAGUAACUUUGAAGACAAGACUUGCACCAAAUUAUUCUCUGUAAUAAAUUUUUCACGUCCUGUUCCUCCAUAUACCGUGCAGUAUUUGGAAUAAUUUAUUUACAAUUCUAUCUUUUGAGAAUCACUAAAAUAUAUAAAAGGUUAAAAACUACUGCAGUGAAGUAAUGCUUUAAAUUGAAAUGCAGUUUAAAAUAACAAUAUAUAAUUUCAUGUAUGAGGAAAGUUUGCCCUCUAGUGGACCACCUGCAUUUAAGACGGAAAUCUACAAGCAAUCCAACUCCAUGAAUCAACAGCCACAGUAUCUGAGACUUUUGUAAUGCUCCGAGGCCAAGUUUUGCUUCACAGUAAUACAAAAAUACAAUUUUGGGACAAGCCAAAAUUAUUUUCUGUAGUAAUCCAAAACCAUCCUUCAUAAUGCCUGCUUCUAAACAUGUAUGUCAAGGACUACUGUAAGGAAAUCCAACAAUUAA